UCAGACCCCUUUUGAGGCCACAUUCGCUGGAUUUAGUGAUAACAGCUUUUUCCUUGACGGCUUACACGGCUGCACCAGUUUUACUGUCGAAUCCUUAACAUCGGGCCCAACCGCAACACCAUCUGUGGGCUCAAGUCUUAAUCAAUAUCACCACGGUGACUGCGAUGAGCAAGCCGCUGCGUCAACGCCCUCUGCUACGACGCAACCGACAGCGACGCAACCAGUAACAAAGCAACCAACUACGACGCAACCUUCAACAACUCAAUCUGCUACGACAUCGCGUAUGGGAGAAGCUGUACUUUCUACACCUAUGGAAUUCAGUCAACUAAUUUCUCCUUUGGUACUAGAAAAUACAACCAGUGUCUCCAAACGAUCCGCAGUGUACAGACUUGUUGCCAGGGAUCGGGCGCUUACUGACACUCACUCAUCUCACCCGGAUGUGAGGUCCGUCAUUAGGUGCGGUCACAUUUGUUUUGAAGAUGAAUCAUGCAAGUUCUUCACGUACAUUAAACGCACGAGGAUGUGCUUGCUGGGACAAAGAUCAACCACUGAGAUACAUCAUGAGGCUGCAACGUUUACCUGCUAACUUUUGAUUAUUUCGAUUAUUCGAGAAACCAUGCCCACAAAAUCUUAAAGAUCUAAAGA